UUGCUUUACAAUUCAUCAAGCCUCCACUCCUCUUGUUCCUUUACAACGACUUUCCACUUGCAAUCUCUUGCUUCACCAUUUAUAUUAAAGACCCCCUUCAGGCCUUCAAUCUCGGAGCACUUCUCACUUCUCUUCAGGCCAUGAGUCUGCUCAAUGUGGAGGCCACUGUGCGAGGUCUGGAUUCUGAGAGAAAGCAUUUGGCAUUAGAGAGUAAAGAAGAAGCCUUCUUUGAUUCACAAGGGUGGCUGGAUUCUGAUUGUGAAGAUGAUUUUGUCAGUGUGAAUGGAGACCUGACUCCUUCCAGGUUAAGCAGUCCAAACUUCCAAAUGAACAAGCAAUUCACAGUUCUUAAUUCCACCAUCGAGUCUUUUUCGCCAGAUGCUGCAAAAAGGAAGCUCUCGGAGCUUCUUCGAGACAAUGAAGUUGUACCAAACCAAAAACAAGUUCCAGAAUUCCUUGAGGUCGAUGCCAAUACUCUCCCACAGCUCAAUCAUCAGACCUUCAAACUCUCUGGAAUCACUUCCUGUUGCUGCAAUGCGGGGAAGCCGAGUGAAGAAUUCAAGGAGGAGAAAAAGAUGAAGGCUAACACCUGCUGCUUGCCCAGUUUGGCAUGCAGUUUUAGAUUGAAAGAAAGAAGGAAGCAGAAGAUGAGCUCUGUUGGCUAGAGUGCUUUUGGUAUUCUCACAUUUGUUCAACUACUUGGAGGUCCCGGCCAUGUAUACUUUACCUGUUUCUGCUACUGUGUAGAUAGAUAGAUAGAUAGAUAGAAUACAAAGUUAAAUGUUAAAAUUCUAUUAAUUAUGACUUGCCAAAAUCUUGAUUCAGUAAUGAACUAUGCUUUCAUUAUUAAUAAUAAUAUUAUUAUUACUCA